ACAAUUGCCCGAACCCUUUAUUUCCCAGCCCACUGAGAAAACUGUCACUGCCAAACCUGGUGGGAGGUUGUGCAUUGGACUGGCGCAGGGAAUGUUCAAAGGCUUGGGAGAGGCUGGGAAACGGAGGUGGGGACUCGCAUCCUCGGGGGCGACAGUCGUUGGCCUACGCCUCACUCACGCGUCUUAAGAUGCUCCUGCACUCUGCGGGUCGUGGACAGCUCCAGGGAGCUAAGUCGGCGGCGUUGUUGAAGCAGCGGCAUAGGCGGUGGUGGAAGCAUCCAUUCUUAAGCCAGUCGGUCUAGCGGUAAAGAAUAUAUUCCCGGGGGGGGGGGGGGGGGGGGGGAAGGGGUUCGGGGCCACGAUACCGAAGCUUGACACCUAGCUCGCUGGGCGGGGCUGGCGGGGGAGAGAGACACAUACACACACAUACAGAGAGAGAGAGAGAGAGAGAGAGAGAGAGAGAGAGAGAGAGAGAGAGAGAGAGAGAGAGAGAGAGAGAGAGAGAGAGGGUGGGGAGGAAGUAAGACGCGACGAGGUGGCGUGAUCCGGCUCGACCGGAUGUCUACACCAGGAUUGUACUACACGGCGGCCAAUGCGGGGCUGAAUCCGUGGGAUGGUCACGCGAACGGCCGGCUGUGGAAUGAUGGGAGAGGAGGAGGAGCGGGAACUGCAACGGGGAACUCAGUUGGGGGAGGAGGAGGGGUGGGAGGAGGAGGAGGAGGGUUCACGACGACCUCGUCUCUCAGACUGUCUUCCCCUGAGUUGUCAGCAAACAGCAAGUUUGCGACUGUUGCUUGCACCACUUCGACCAAAGUCGAGUUCAACGGGCUCUCCUCUUCCUCCUCUUCUUCUUCUUCUUCUUCUUCCACCACUGCUGCAUCAUCGUUGGGCUCCUCGUCAAAUGAUCUGAAGCGCACCGCCACCUACGUCUUCGGAUCUUCAAGCGGCCAGGAGCAAUCUACAUCAACUACCACGCAGGUGCUCAACACACUCGGAGGAGCAGGAGGCGGCAUUUUCCGCGGCGGUCUAGUGUUCGCAAGCGGCAGCGGAGGGUCGUUUCCCAGCGUUUCCGGUUCCGCUGGUUCUGGUGGCGCGGACGCGCCGGCCUCUGUUUCGGCGGAACCUUACUACGGCGGCGUCGCUGGCGGAGGGGGAAACACAGUAGGCGGGGGAGUUGCACACCGGCCACACCGACGCGCAACGACCUUCCGGCAAAGGACCCAACAAAGGGCACAUUCCGGUAUUACUCCUUGUGCCCUUACACCCCGAACCUCAUCCUCUCGUCAGUCUUCCACGGAUUUUGCUAAUCACACUCCCACAAUCACAUCCUUGCUGCACUCCACUAAUGCCCGUAUGUUAUGUAAUCUGUCUAUCUUUGGUGGCUGUGGGGCGGAUCUCGACUCUGCUUCCGCCGCUUCUGCUGCCGCUUCUGCUGCCACUGCUGCUCCUGCUGCCGCCGCUGCUCCGGCCAUGUCAUCAUCAGCUGCUGGAGCUUUCUCCGUGUCUCCAAGCAGCACUUCGCUAAAUCAGGCGAGGUCAUCUCUGCAGCAGCAUCCCAUGAUGAUUUCGACUCAUGCUGGGGAUGGAAAUGGCGGGUUGUCACAUCUGCCGUGGAGUACGAUGGCUCGUGGUAGUUGUUCAUCGGGGUCGGGAUCGUCAGCAUGUGCGGCUUCAGAGUGUUCAAUGGGUGCGGACGUCGCCGACUCGAAUUCCUCAUCCUCCAUCCCCCCUCCCUCCGCAUCUUCUCCUAGUGGAUGUUGUGCUAUCCCAUCAUCUGAUGAUUGUUUCUCGGUUGAUUGUUUUGAAUCGAAACCCUCGUCUGCUUCUGCUUCGGCUUCUGCGGCUGUCUUCUCUUUCUCGUCUAAAGCUCGUGCAUGGGUUGAAUGCACAGAGAUGUCGGGAGGAAUGGGGGCUCCAUCGACCUCUACUACCCCGAUUUCUGCCGUGGCUCCGUUACACUGUGAUACCAGUAUGGCGAGUACCGAGCCGGAUUCUCUCUCGUUGACCGCGCUUCCUUCGUUUUUCUCGUCUCUUCAAAUCUCAUGCGACGGGCCUGGUGAUCCUUCGUCGUCUCUUUCUGGAGGCUCUGCUUGCCCUCCCAACUCUUCUGCUCCAAUUGCGUCUGUUGCCGCUGUUGCCGCUAAGGACGGAGGUAUCCUGCUCGGGCGCGGGGAAGGCUGCUCUUCCUCGGCAUUUGCGACGAAUCGUUUCCCGCCAUUCGCGACGAGUCUCGAAUAUCUUUCUCGCUGCGCUGCUAUUCCGCCUGGCAAGUCGCGUUCGCUGUCGGGGAGCGCAUGCGCGUUGCGCGAGCGCGCGCACUUGUUCUCGACGGCGCCGUCGUUGUCGGACGAGCAUCACUGCGGCGGCCGCUGCUCGAACGUUGUGGGGUCCGCAGUGAUGGCUGGAAACCGCGCGUGCGGCAGCGACGGUAAAAUGUGCGCGGGAGGGGGAGACGGAACCGGAGGGGAAGGAGGGGAAGGAGGCAGAGGCGGCGGGAACCAAGCAGCCGCCUGGGCAUCUCCUUCUACAAGCCGGACGUCUGCAUUUUCCUCUCGUCAUCCCGGUGUGACUGACGUUGGCGAAGAUGAUGAGAAAGGAGGCCGCCUUCUUUCGAGCAUAACCGCCACCGGGAUGAAGAGUUCAUCCAUCCGCAGUUGGAAUCGGUCUAUCUGCAUGAGCCAUACAUUUGGAAAUACUAGUAAUAAUGCUGUAGUGAAAGAAACCGUCGAAGAUGGCAGAAAUCGACGUGCGCAUCCCGGAUCGCUGACGGGGGGGCUAUCGGAUGGGAGAGUUAGAGAUGACUGUGGUGCGUUUCCCGCUGUCGCGCAGCCAUGCGCCAGCCGCGAGCAUGCCUCCUUAAGUACACUUCUUUCUCUCGAUCGUUCGUCAAACACUUCGACGUCUUCCAGUGCUGGCAGGUUUGGCUUUGUCCAUUCGCCUUCGCACAGCGUCCUCCUCGAUUCCUCGUCGGUGUUGUCAGUCGCAGGUGCAGGGCCAAGAUGGCAGCCUCGUCAUCCUACGAUUGAUCAAUCUGGUAAACUGACGGGAGUCGACGGCGGCGAUAACAGUGUUGGCGACGAUCAGGGUGGGGAGUGCGGCGAUACGCCCUCUGCCCGCUCUCUCUUCUGCUCGUCACGCUCCCCGAGCACUUGGGGGAGAGGGUACCCGUGCAGUGACAGCAGCGCGGUCUGUCACGCCGCCGUGACAGAGCAGCAGCAACCGCGGCAUCUACAGGAACAGCAGCAACAAGUGCAACAGGAGCAGCUCUCUGACUUCGGAUUUGUCUUCUCUUCUUCUUCUUCGUCGUCCUCUUCCUCCUCUAGAUUGGAUACUGCUCGUCCUUUCUCAUUUGAGGCAACGGGGAACAACAUAGUUUUUGACGAAACGACAGGAGCCACAUUAUCGGGUGGAGGAGUAGCGGCAAGGGUACGUGCACCGUCAGCAGGGUCAAUAGCAUCAGCAGGUAGAGUAGCCGCAGCAGUUGUUGAGGGUGCGACGGCGGGGACUUGUUUUUUGCAGUCGUCGUGUAGUCUGGCCGAUUCCACUGCUGCCAGCUGGCAAGGACAGUCGUGUUCUCCGAGCACGGGGUUCUCGCAACGUGCCACGUCGGACGGAAUGUUUGCCACGUCGGACGGAAUCUUUGCCACGUCGGACGGAAUCUUUUCUUUCUCUUCAGAGGGGUUGUCGGCGACAGUGUCAUCUUUGACUGGAGAGCUUGAACGGUUGAGAUUUGGAGAUGGAUUGCAGGGAUUGGAGCUUACGUUUGGGCUCGAAAUUAAUGGUUGUCUGGGAGAGGCCGUGGUGUCACGGCGAUCGUGUAGAAGAUCUUCUGCUGCUUUGAGUCGCCGGGAAUCGCAGCGAGGUGACCGCAGUGUAGUCCGGAGGCGAGCUUGGCAGCAGCAGCAGCAGCAGCAACAGCAGCAACAACGACAAGAAGAGAAGCAGAAGCCGCCGGUGUGGAGAGAGGGAUCGGAGGAGGAAGGUGGUCAGCACAAGUAUCCUGGUUUGAACCGUGAGCACGGAGGUCGGAACGGAUGUGUCUCCAUGUUCUUCUCUGGCAGUGAUCUGGUCAGAAGUCUGGAAUCACGGCGAGAAAGAGGAGGAGGGAGUGGCACAGGCUACAGACGAAAAGAAGGGGCGCAGACCAGAAGCAGCAGAUGUGCUGUUGUCUUCGGAGCGGAUUUGGCAGCAGCAGCAACAGUAGCGGCGACAGCAGCUCGAGCGAAGCCAUCUCAUGGGCGCGUUUUGGCCCGGGAAGGGGAACGCACGGCGGACUUCUUCACGGCGGGCGCGUCGGAGAUGGGCGCAAGUCAGUCGGUGGGAGAGCAGCACUCCGCCAAGUGUUUCCGGGACGGCGCUUCUGUGGCUGCGCAGACAGCAGCAGGCACAACUGUACCAUCCGAGAGAGGGGGAGGCGAAGGCGGGAUGCAACAACAGCAAGAGGGUAUACGAGCAGGGACGGGCCUCGGGGGAGGAGGCAGUGGGAGUCGCGCCGAGUCGUCUAGUUCUGGGAGCCAGCAGAGGGGGAAGAGUCCGGAGGGAACUGUUUUCUUCGCCGAAGCGGCAGCUCCUGGAGCGGGAGGUACAGGCGGCAGUAUAGCGUCGGCUCUGGGGAGUGUGAAUGGUGAAGAAAUGCGCACGCGCUCAAUGCCGUUCAUAUUUGGUGCAUCCUCGAUGUACACUUCCUCCACCUCGUCGUCCUCCUCGUCUCAUUCCCAGGGGGGGUCUCAGGGUGUGGAAGGCGAUUCGGGAGUGGGAGGGGGAGGAACGUGGGCGUUUGGGGCUAAGGGAGGGAACCCGAGUGUGAUGGGAACUCCCCAUGUCGGCGGAGGUAGGGCGACAGGUUGCGCGCCAAUUUUUUCUCCCUCGUUCAUGUCGGCCGCCGCCCUUGUCGCCGGAAGCGCGGAUGAUGGGGGGAGUGCCAGAGGGGGGGACCACGUACACAGGAGUUAUCAUCAAGAGAACGUUCGUGGGAUUUCCCCAGUUGUUCUGGAGAAGCCUGUGGCGAGCGUGGGGAGCGCGUUAGCAGACGCCGCUGCAUGCGUGGCCGGAGGGGAAGGGGGAGGGGGAACAGAACGCGGGGAUGUAGUAGACAGAGGAGAUACAGGAGUACACUUGGCAGCACUCAAAUUUGGAGAAUUGAAUUUGGUUGACAGAGGGGGGGUUGUUUUCGAACAGUUGAGGGGAGGGGUAGGGGACGAUGGAGGAGGAGUAGCUGGGUCGUCGUCGGGUGCGGGAACGGUGGUCCCGGAAGAUAGUAAUGGCAGGGGAGCACGUGCCGGAGGAGGAAUCGUGUUUGGUGGGGCGCGGGGACCCGGUAUUGGGAAAGGAUCGGCGACCGCGUUCUCUCCGUUCACAACAACGACCGCGCCUCGGGGGAUGCCGACUUUGCAGCAGGCUGAGCGACCGGUAGUCACGAGGGGGAACGUGAAUCGCUACCUGCAUCGACAGCCCCAGACAAAUCCGCCGCUGACGCAGCGGGAUUGCAACACAGAUAUUGGAAGCAAUGAUGGUGGAGAAGAGAAGGGUCCGGUGAGAGAUGCUAGCGAAGCUUGCGGAGAUACUGUGAAGCCAAUGAAAGUGGUGGUGGGGGGGUCAACAGGACCCGCUGCUUCGCAGUGGCCGUGGUUGGCUUCGACGACGAGCAGCACCGCCUCCGACUCUGUGGGAGGAGGAGUGUCGUCAGAGGGUCUGCCGACCGUAUUCCUUAAUUUGCAACAGCAAUAUGGUAGUCCAUCCUCUUCGCCGGCGCCCAGGGAAGAUGGAAGAGGAGGAGAGGGAGGGGGAGAGGGAGGGGAGGGUGGAGCACCGACGGGGUGCGGUGUUGCAGUUCAACAGUCUUUUGUCUUUGGUUCUUCGUUGUAUUCGGUCGGCCGGGAAGCAACCGCAGGAGGAGGGGGUGGAGGACUCAAAUCGUUACUCCCGAGUGGACCAGAAAGGGGGGGUGGAGGAACGGAAGGAGCACAGUCACCGUACAUCUUUGGGGCACGAGGACCUGUUUCUGCGAGCCUUGGGGCGUUCUCGGCUAUGCCUGUCCGAAUCCCGGUGGUACCCAUAUCAAUGAAAGAGCAGCAGCUUCCCUUCACAUCUGAAACGCGUUCGGGCGGUGAUGGUGGUGGUCUGCAGAGUGUAGGAUCAUCUGUCGGUGUGGGUAAUCCUCCUCCGUUUCGCUCUAGCGGGGGGGACACUUCCGCUUUUGUCUUUUCUGGGGGAGCCGCAGGUGCAACUAGUGGUGGUGGUGGUGGAGGGGGGGUUUCUCCAGAUGUUGCUGCGACUUCUUCGAUGGCUGAUCGUGUUAUCGCGGCUGCCCGUGUCUCGACCGGAGUGUUCUUCGGUGAUCGGAUGGGCAUGCCCACGAGUGCGGCAGCUGGCCUCUCCGGUUCCACUUGUUCCAGCGCCACGCCGCACGGCCUCUCCGCUUCCACUUGUUCCAGCGCCACAGGCGUGUCGUCGACAGCUACUGUGAAGGGGUUUCCUUCUUCAGUGUCCGUCCCUUCCAAUAAGGAGGGGCCGAACACUUACCUGGGUGCUCCGUCCUCGGCGGGCGUGUCUCAUGGAGUCCCAGGUGGUGGUGGUAGCUUUUCAUCCAGAUCGGGAUUCUCAGGAGUUGGGGGUGGAGGGGGAGACGAGGGGGCGAACGUUGGCAGUGGGGGCCAACUGGGUUCUACAGCGACGCCUCCGUUCUCCUUCGGUAUGGCGGGGAGAGCCUCCUCGUUUUCUAGGGGACCUUCACCUGGCCGAGUCGCUGAUGAGAGCGCAGUGACGGCCAGUAUCAGAGGAGGAAGCGAUUUCGGUGGUGGAGGCGGCUGUCCAUCGGGAUUGGGGAUUGGCUUGGGAGACAUUUUCCCGACCCUAGGUGGGUUUGCGGCAGGCAAUGAGGGGCGGGGCUGGCCGGCAAAUUCAGCUGGCGUGGGGCAAAGCUUUGUGGUGCCUGACUUUUCCUUGAAAGUCGGGGCAGGAACGGGGAUGUUCGGCGGGAGCACAGGGGGGGUGACAGGCAGGCGGCAGACGGCCGAGGCCACGUCCUUGUUCUCGAACAACAUGCCAGGUGGCUGCGCAGCGACGGAUGUGCCUAACGAAGGUGGUGGUCCUGCAGCGGCGGAGGCGCUACCACCGAGGACUUCGGGGAUAUCUGCCUCCGAUGGGAUCGGGAAUGCGGUGGGCGGAGGGGUCAAUGUGACGGUGGGAAGUGGAUUUGAAUUCGGGCCCUCCGAUGGGAUCGGGAAUGCGGUGGGUGGAGGGGUCAACGUGACGAUAGGAAGUGGAUUCGAAUUCGGGCUCGUCUCACAAGGAGGCGGAGGAGGAACACCUGCGAAACCAGGCGGGGGAACUAGGAGAAGGGUGAAGCCGACAGCGAGGGCGCUAAGAAAAGACAGAGGAGGGUUUGCUGGUGGGGAGAAAAGGGGAGUGGUGGGAAGCGUAGAGGGGGGUUAUGGCGGUUUGGCGGCGGCUUCAACUGCUGGCCUGGGCAAUCUGGGUAUGAUGGGCGGUGCUAUGCCUGCAACCCCACCUCCUAGUGCAUUCGCAGGGGGACGUGGGGUUGGAGACGAUGGGAGUCCCAAACCAAUGGACAUUUCCCCAUUACCGAACGGUGGGACUGGGAAAGGCAAUGAUGUGACUGGCGGAGUUGAGAGUGGGACGGAUGGAUCGAAGGUGAUGGAGGGGCGGCAAACGAUGCUUUCUAUGGAAACGAGCGUUGGCGGAGGGAGCGGAUGGACAACUGUGGCAGGGAGGGAGGUUGGUGGAGAGAGUCGAGGAGGAAGUGGUGGCGAUCCUCGGAAGGUCUGUGGUGGCUCAGAGGCACUUGGCCGAAGGGAGGAAGAGGAGGAUGGGGAUGACGAAAGGGAGGAGGGAGAGGACGAUGAGGAGGAGGAGUCGGGCAGUAGAGACAAGGAAAGUGUGACAGAGGUGGAGGGAGUUCAGGUGGUGAGGGAAGCGACGAAGAAACUGCAACAACCUGAUGUAGAAACGGGCGGUAGGAUUGCUGAGGAGAGUGUGAUGGACGCUGGGGAGAGGGGGCAGGCGGGGUGGGGUCCAGAUAGCGCGGGGGAGAGGAAUAGGAAUGACAUUGGGAGGUGGAGCGGCAGUGGGAUGAUUAUGGAAGGUGGAGAAAGGGGGGAUGUGGUGGAAGAGGGAGCAGCGUCUUCAGACAGGACUGUGGAGAAGGGAAAUGGCGAUGACGACUCUGGAAGGCAUGCCAGUGAGGCUGUCACCGGAGGGAGUGCCUUUGGACCGUACGAGGCCAAUGGCUGCAAUCCGUUCAUGAGUUUCACACUGGGAUCCCGACCUGCAGGAACAGGAGUGACAACGACAUCUAAUCAACGGACAGCCCGUUUCAGAGCCAAACGCAGUGGUGUGAGGAGAGGGGGAGGUGGAGGUGGUGCGUUGGGGAUGGAUUCCAGCAUAGGGAGUGCUGCAUCGAAGGUUGCAGCAGGUGCAUUGAGGGGUGAUUAUGAUAGUCGUGGCAAUAUUGCAACAGAGGGCCCCUCUAGCUCAGCAGGCGCUUUUAUGGGACUUAAACUGGAUGGUGGACUUGCAGGGUCAAGCAAGAGGGAAGGGCAGGGGCCGUCGGCAACGAGCACUGCCAAUACUGGAGGUCUAACUAUGGCAAUGCAGAAUGGGGGCUGGGACGGGGGUAUCCUGUGGCCAAACAUGUCAUUUACAGCCACCAGAAGGAACGAGUCUUUCUCUUUGGGUGUUGGACCAGGAUUAACAACGCCAUUGGCCCCAAAGGCGGGUGGCGGGCAGAUUCAAGGGAGCGGCACAUCUGCAGGCGUCUCAUCAUCGAAGACGGAAAGUCCCGUACGUGCAGCAGCCCUGGCGAAUGCAGCGGCCCAGACUUGCGAGCAAUGGCGCUUAAGAGGGAACCAGGCGUAUGAGAAAGGGGAUUAUCCGAAGGCAGAGGAGUACUAUUCAAGAGGAGCUUCCUCUGUGUCUACAUAUGAGACAAUUCAGAGCUGUGCUCGAGCAGCCAUGUUGUGCUACAGUAAUCGAGCUGCAACACGGCUUGUUGUUGGCCGAGUAAGAGAUGGUCUCUCUGAUUGCAUGAAGGCAAUGGCGGUUGACCCGAAUUUCCUGAGGGUCAGGCUACGAGCUGCCAGCUGCCAUUUGCAACUGGGGGAAGUGGAGCCGGCAAUCGCGCUGUUCAAAGACUGUAUUGCAAGGAGGAAGGAUGGCGAUAAACCGGAUUUGAAAGUGGCAACGGAGGCUGCAGAGGGUGUGAAGAAGGGACAGAUGGUAAUCCAGUAUGCUAACCAGGCAGUGGAACUGCUUGCAAGCACUGGAUCUGGCUCAGAUACCUCAACUGCUCUGCGACUUGCAGAUGCUGCAUUGGCCGUUGCUCCUUAUUCUGAGCGUUUGCUUGAAAUAAAGGCGCGCGCACUGUUAAGGCUGAGGAGAUAUGAUGAAGUCGUUGCUCUCUGCGAGCAGACUAUGAGCUCGGCAGAGAAGAAUGCUCCGCCCCUGGAGGGAAGCUCUACGUCUUCUACAUCUGCAACACCUGUUGCAAAUGGUAAUUGUCCGUUGGAUGCCAAAGUUACGACACCAUGGCGCCUCUGGCGUUGGCGACUUGGGGGAAUGGCGAAAUAUUAUCAAGGCAGGCUGGAAGAAAGUGUGGAGUUACUGGAACGGGUGGAGAAGGCAGGUGCUACUGUUUUGACGUACGAUAGUGCCUCAGGUCCAAAGGAGGAGGUCCUGGCAACACUUAUUUCUUCGAUGAAAGAUCUCCUAAGACACAAGAGCGCUGGAAAUGGAGCCUUUCAGGCAGGGAAACAUGCAGAAGCAGUUGAGCACUAUUCGGCAGCCUUAGCUUGCAAUGCACCAUGCCGUCCAUUCAAUGCCGUCUGCUUUUGCAAUCGAGCUGCAGCAUCCCAGGCCCUUGGGCACAUUGCUGACGCAAUUGCUGACUGUAGUCGAGCUAUUGCAUUAGACCCGAAAUAUGCAAAGGCCAUAUCACGGAGGGCUACUCUGCAUGAGACGGUGCGGGACUACAACCAUUGUGUACACGAUUUGCAGAGAUUGCUAGACUUUCUCGAGAAGCAGAACCAGGAGAAGAGUAUGACAGGCGGUUUAGUGAGAGCGCGGUCAUCGGCAAGUGGACCUGACAUGAGGCAAACGAAAGAUCGGCUGGCAAAAGCUGAGGACGAGGCGAAAAAGGGUCACUCGAUCAACCAUUACCUGAUACUGGGAGUUGAGCCCACAAGCACAGCCAAUGAGAUCAAGAAAGCUUAUCGAAAAGCUGCCCUGAAGCACCAUCCAGAUAAGGCUGGGAGAUUUUUGGGAUGGUACGACGACAGCGGUGAUGAUGUCAAUGGCGCUGGGGUUGAAGAGGAGGUGAGGAGGGAAGCUGAACGUCUCUUCAAAUUGAUUGGCGAGGCUUACAAUGUGCUUUCGGAUCCGACUAAGAGAGCUCGGUAUGAUUCCGAGGAGGAGUUGAGAAAGCUUCGUGGUAGACAUGCAGAGACUGUGAGCGCCGCCACAAACUACCGACAUCACCCAAGCAGUCAUCACAGCCAGCAUGGAGGGUUUUCAAGGGCGAAAGGGGGAAGAAACCGAGGAGGUUCUGGGUAUAACGACCCGUGGGAAAGUUUUGGACGAUGUCAAAGCGGGCCCGAUGCUGCUCAGCCGGACACGUAUGCAAGGCGAGGGAGAUACCGUCCAAGUGGCGUGCACCAAUCCUGGCGAGAUGAUGAUUGGGGUGACGAUGAUGAUGAUCGCGAUGUGUGAUGGCUCUGCCAGGAUUUCGGGCAAUGACCCUUUUCUGAUGGUUGACUCAGUUCCAAGGGAAAGUUUUGGGACGAUGUCAAAGGGGGCGCAAAGCUGCUCAGGCAGACGGGAAUUCUAGGGACGGGCAUACACAGUCCAAGUGGCAUGCCCUGACCCGGGCAAUGAUGAUUGCAGUGAUGGCUUAUGGCAUAUUGUCUGGCAAUCUACCAUUUCGGGAGGCUCAGCUCAGGUACUCAUCCUCUCCCAGCUGCUCUCUUCGUCUAUACGGUGAUUGAACUUGCAUGAGCAGCAGACAAAGGGAAGGAUAGCGCAUUUAAUGAUCAGUCACUGGGUAGCAGGUUCAAGGGAGGGUUUGAACUGCAAUUGAGAAGAUACAGGCGCCAGGACUUUCCUGUAUGUAUCUGAGUGCAAUUAAUCCUGGCUGUAUCUGUGAUUGAUGUCUCGGACGCGUCGAAGAAGGUUGUACUGCAAGUAUACCCUGACAUAUGGGACCAUGCCUUGUGACUGACAGUCUUCACAGAUCAGAAGGCGCUCACGUGUGUUUUCGGACUCUUGAAGAAGACUAUUUUGAAGUGGAUGGGUGGCUCUAACGGAUCGCUUCAUCGCGGCUAAUGCAUUGUUGAUACUAUGUUGUCGAUUUGCCCUUAGCUUCAGGGAGAAAAGUUUAUGGAAGGUGGACAAAGCGCUGGUACCUGCAAUAGAUGGAAGGCUUAGAUCUUCCCAGCAAUAAAAUGAGGAUAUGGCUCCAGAUGGGUAGGUAGGAGCACAGUUACGCAAGAGUUGUUUUCGGAGCAAACACGAGCGACCUUGCGUUGCACUGCAGCAGGUGAACGUACGAGCUUCAGGACUUUGGGAGGUGUGAUUUUCGAGAGGAACUCUCGAGUCUUUAAUGAGGAAGCGGGAGGAUAUUGAUUCCGCCAUCUACUGCGGCGACCACUCGUCUUUUCAUUUUCUAGUUUUUGUCUUGCAGGGGAGAACCCCAUCCUGACUCCGACAAUCGAUAGUUUUCCCACUUCCCCUGUCCUGUGUUGUGCUCUAUCCACCAAUAAUUUGUGUCUUGCUGAGGUUCUUUAUGUAGACGCCUGCGCGCCUGGAUGACGAUUCCUUCCCUGUGUGCCAGUCGGCAGUCCCUACACCUCCACGGCUGUUUCCGGCCCGCAAGCCCGGUCGUUGAUUGGAUCUCAACUCUUUAUUUUUUGUGGGUGACAGCUGCGCUCCUGGAUGAGGAUUCCUUCCCUGUGUGCCAGUCGGCAGUCCCUACACAGUCGGCGUGUUUGGACUCGUUAAAAGUAAGUUUCCCAGCCUGCCACCUCCACGGCUGUUUCCGGCCCACAAGCCCGGUCGUUGAUUGGAUCUCAACUCUUUAUUUUUUGCCGAAACGCCUGCCUUACGUGCCUGGCAAGGUUCAUGAUCACUACAAGCAUUGUGUGCGUGCCGUAUGUUUGUCUGGUUUUCUUCUUCGUUGGACGUAUUGCGGAAUGCUGCUAUGUAUAUCACCGGAAUUGAUUUGUUUUCCAGCAUUUAUUUCACCGACUUCACAUAUGUCGUCAAUUGUAGGGCUCUCAUGGAUUGAUGCAUGAGCGUUCACAAAUGAUUCCAUCCCGCCAUGCACAUUGAAUUGUCAUUCAGCUACACUGAAUGAACAUCAUUUUUUUUUGUUUUUUUUUUUAUCUGCCGCAUCCUGCUGAAGACAUAUGCAUAGAAGCGACAGUGUGAACUGUUCUAGAUAGUCAGAUGCCGUAUAGAUGGUGGUAAAUCUCAUUUGUCAGGCGCCUGAGCCAAUUUCAUUUGUCAGGUGCCUGAGCCUAAGACAUCGUAAACGAGGGUGAGCCCUUGGCUGGUACUAGUCAGUUUAUUGACAUGACCCUGUGCACUAUGAGAAGGGAGGUGAUUCUUCUGAGUUGAUGCUGCAAAAAUUUCUCUAGUUCCAUUUCAGCCCUUGUGAACAGCUCCAGGAAUAUAUAGAUGGCCGAUGGGUUGUAUGGAUGUAUGGGUUAUGGGUUUUGUAGCGGUCGUGUUUCAAUGUCUCAAGUGUAUAGGAGGGAUGGGUAGGAAGUGAAUACGUAGGUCGAUAUUUUGUGACGUCGUGUGUUUGUUGAAUCAGGUACGUGGUGGUGAUCAGAUUGAAGAUGUUUUGUUGGCGGUGGGUAUCAUUUCUUAUGUUCCCUUAUAACAGGCAGUCCUUCAUCAACAGUUUGAAAAUGGGCAUGUUCUGUUAGGUGUGCGUGGUUUAACUGAAGGGCCCUCGAGAGAGUCUCGUGGCAUUCUCUUAUCAUUAGAAGUAAGUAAGCGGCCAAUUUGAGGGCGAGUGGUGCUCUUGCUGCAAAAUGUAUUCUCAACUAUUUCAUUUAGUAUCUUUCAGGGCCUUGCAUAAAUGGGUGGGGGUGUGCGUCUCUACAAAUGCAUGUCCACUUAACCACACAGCAUUCUUUGGAGAGAGAGAGAGAGAGAGAGAGAGAGAGUUGUCGAAGCAUGAAGUCAGUCAACGGUUUGCCUGUGUUUGGAUUUGUGAAGUGCUUAUAUUACAGCAGAGCAUAGAGAUGGAAACUGCGAUGCUGAAAUGAAGUGGCUUUUGGUGG